AAUAUUAUCAUGGCGGUGUAAACAGAAGUAUUAUCAUUGUCAGCCAUUUUAAGUUAAAACCUAAUUAUAUAUACACAUUUGUACACUAUUUCGGCCGUGAAUGUAGCCGGUAGCGGAAUAGAAUGGAUAAAUAUUUUUUUCGAAUUUGUUUGAUCGUGUGUUUAUAUAACACAGUGUUUUAUCAACACGUAGACGCCUUUUGUCCGGCGGGAAAGACUGGUCUGAGCUGCAACAAAUUUAAUUACGCCUACACCAAACAAGCCAAUCAGAAGGAAAACUGGAUGUCACACUCUGCCGGCUUCGCCGUAGAUAACAACGGCACAUCUUGUACUCUUAUGGAUCCACCCGUAGAAAAUCCAUGGUGGUCUGUCGAUCUGACAAGGGACAUGCUUAUUGAUGGAAUGGACAUUUAUAUUGGAGAUGAGACUCUAAAUUUGUUGGUUUCCUAUACGGUUGAAGUUCAGAAAGAUGGGGAGGAGCUGUGGAGCAUGUGCCACGCAGACAGCAGAAACGUAGGGAGGUUCAGUAGCCCGCUAAGGGUUCAGUGUAACUCCCAAAUACAGGGUAGAACGGUUAGAUUCACUGCAUACCACCAGCGGCUCAGUCUGGUGUUAUGUGAUGUAGGAGUGUAUGGCGCCUGUGCUGAUUAUACGUAUGGUGACUACUGUGACAAAGACUGUGGGAACUGUAAUCCCUCUGACCCUGUGUGUGAUAAAACAACAGGGCACUGUCGAACUGGUUGCGAUACGGGCUGGUAUAAUCUCACCUGUGAUACAAUUUGCCCGCACGGUAAAUAUGGUGAUCAGUGCUCAAGGACAUGCGGACACUGUAGGUACAAUUUGACGUGUAAUCGAUUUGAUGGCGAUUGUCCUAACCUUGGCGAGUGUGCUGCCGGUUACCAGAGUCCACUUUGUCAAACAGAAUGUGAAAGUGGCAAAUUUGGCCUUGGAUGCCUGGACUGUGGACAUUGUAAAUUUAACCAGCCAUGUAACAAGUUUAAUGGGACUUGUAGCAACAGAUGCGCUCCCGGUUACCAAGGCAGUAUAUGCAAUCAAACAUGCAAUGACGGAUGGUAUGGCGAUGAAUGCUUUUAUGAAUGUGGCAAAUGUUACGCUAACUCUACCGAACCGGGACCAUGUAAUGCAACAACAGGAGAAUGUCCUUUUAAGUGUGCACCAGGAUAUAUUGAGGAUUCUUAUCUGAACAGCCAAACACAGUGUAGGACAGAAUGUGACGAGUACAAAUGGGGAUUUAACUGUGAAAAUACGUGUGGUAACUGUGCAAGACUAAACAACAGCGUCCUGAUAUCAGUUCCCUGCGUAAAAUCUGACGGUAGUUGUCUGACAGGAUGUAUGCCUGGCUGGCAAGGAUUGUUCUGCACAGAUGCGUGCAGUCCAGAUACAUAUGGUAUAAGUUGUGAAAAGCAAUGCGGGAAAUGCAAAGAUGGAGUCAGUUGUGACCCAGUCCAUGGCGAGUGUCCCGGGGAGUGUGAGGACGGUUACCUAGGAAACAAAUGCCAAGAAACAUGUAAGGUUGGUUUCUUUGGAUACAAAUGUCAAGGUCGUUGCCCGGUAAACUGUGAAACUAACUGUUCAUUUACUGACGGCUCGUGUAUCUGCAAGGCUGGAUGGACAGGAAGCACAUGUUUAGAAGUUUGUCCGCCUAACCACUAUGGUAGAAACUGUGCGUUUGUCUGUGGGAAUUGUAAGUCGGGAACUACCUGUUAUCAAGGUGACGGUCAUUGUCUGGAAGGGUGUGACCCCGAAUGGACAGGGCUCAAAUGCGAUGCUAAGAAAAUUAUAGAAGUGUACGAAAGAUCGUAUGGUGACGUGAUAGGGGGAGCCAUUGGAGGGGCUAUAGCACUAGGGCUUAUUAUUGCAUUUAUUGUGUGGGUCGUUUGGAGAUACAAACAGGACAAAUCAAUUCACUUUCGUGAGCUUGCCUCAUCUCUCCGCCGGUUGUCCAUCCGCGGUAGCAAGUCACUUAGACGCUCAAUACAGCGUCUGUCUAUGAGAGGUCGGAGGAAUGAUCAACAGCGCCUUGGAAAAGAUGCUGAGAGACCCGCAACAUCAAAUGGCACGCGAGGAAAGCAUCCUGUGCGCCGUAUGUAUGACUGCGUGAAACUACAGUCUAACCUGAUACAUUAUGAUGACUUCUCGAGGAUAUACCUACAACUACAGGAAGCUACUCCGGACGGACGGACACUUCUUUAUGAUUCAUUCCAGUCGUUCCUGGCACAGAGACCACGUGACCAUUCUGCAGCGAAUGGAAAUUCAAACAACUCUUAUUACAAUGCCGCAGUGGAGCCAGAUGACGUUCAAAUCAACGUAGGUACCCCAAACAGAAUACCAGAAUUUUUGCCGCUUGGAGCGAAUCUCAGUGGGUUUCUGUUGGUAAACGCACCUGCAGCGUCCGAAGUUCUCUGGAACCACUUACAACAAAGACAGAUUGAAACCAUUAUUUCUAUUGGAAAGGAAGCGUCAUUUUCUUGGCGUCCCGGUGAGAGGAUUACGAUAGGACAUGACGUCGUGGAGUGUAUUGACGUUCAGUUGCAUGGCUCACACAGAGAGACUAAACUUACUGUUCAAAGAGUUGGGACAAGAGGAAGGCGUGCCAUCAGACAUUUGGAAUGUUUCUUCUGGAAUAGCGAAGAUAAAUUCCCACUAAUUCCAACACUACUGAUGUUCAUGGAGCGAUUCCAGCAGAUCAACUUUUCACAGAGGGAAAGAAUUAUUCUUGUUAAUUAUCUGAAUCUUCAUGACCGGGCAGUAUUGUUUACACUGGUGGCGUCCACGUUAGAAAUCCUUAUCGAGUCAAAACGUUCUGACGUUCUGAGAACAGUUGCCAUUGGAGGGAAUGCAACAGCUAAAUCAAUAAGAACGUUUGAGGAGUUUAAGUACCUCCAUGACGUCAUAUUUCAAUACAUUAGGUCGAUGGAAAACAGAACAAGUUCUACUGCCAUUUGAUAAUACUACACUGAAGAUCUUGUUGUAGAAGGGAAAUUUUGAUGACUUUAGCCAUUUAGAACUUACAGCUGAACUGUAGUUAUACGUGCUUACAAAGCCAGCUUAUUGCCGAUAGAAAGUGUAGAAUAUAAGUGUUUAGGAAGAAAACUGGAAACACUUCCAGUGAGUGAAAUUUAUGGAACUUACAAAUCGCGCCACAGAAGUCAGUUAAUUUAUUAUUUAGAGGUAUUAAUACAUCCUGCAGAUAUGUGCUAAUUUCUGCUGGAUAUCUGAAAAACAAAUCUAUUUAGAAUUUGUUCUUAUUAAGAAUACAACUUUACAGUUCAUAGCCUUCAACGGCGGUGUUAUUACACGCGGCCCUUCCUGUGGAGAGUAAGUUUUGCUGCUUGAACACAGUUUCUGUGUUAUACUCAGAAUAACUAACAACACACCAGUUUAUGUUGGUGCAUAUUCAAGAUGUAAUAUCCUUUACUCAAGAUCCUAUUUCGGUAUCUCCUUGUGCAGACCGGUACAAUCCGUUUACAGAUGUAUAUUUUCAGUUGGUUAACUUAGCUAAAACACCAAAGACUUGCCAAGUGAGAAUGUAUUUGCUUCGGCAACGAGACACUAAAAGACUGCUCUAGUGACAGUAGGAAUGUAGCUCAAUGAAUUUUGAUUUCUCUUUCAUAUUUGUAUUUAUUUUAAGGCAAUUCCUUAAAUACUGUAUUAUUCUACUGUACAUACUUUCAGUUGGGUAUUCAAUACCAUUUUGCUAGUUAAACACAUAUACCUCAAGGGAAAGGCAUGCUAAUCGGGCAUUUCCUCCGACGCUGUGCUUUAAUUUGUGCCAUAUGUAUAUGUUUCAAACGUUAGGAAAGGUGUUUAUAUAUAUUCUUGACAAGUAACCAUUAAUAUUUGUUGUUUCUUUAUAUAGUCGCGAAAAUUUCAGAAUAGCCUGUUCAUUGUUUUUGCUUCAUGAAAUGCAUCUGUUACUUUUUAAUAUAUGUUUUUUUUCUUUAUCUUUAAAGAAAAAAAAACGUAGAUCUAUCGGAUUUUAAAAUGAUUCUUUAAAAAAAACACAACAUGCUUAACGCUUUAGUAGUAAUUAUAAGCCUUAAAAGUAAAUUCGAUAAAAUUGCAAUUGAGAAAACUUACCUUUGAACAACUCCGAAAUAACCAAAGAGCAUGAGUUGUUUUUCUUUUUAUGUCCUGAACUUAUGCAAAUAAGCUAAAUGCUCAAUGUUUUUUAAAGCCAGAGGCCAUUUUUCUGUUUUAGCGAAAUGUUUUAUGCUCUUUUGAUUUCAUUUACUAUUCCAUUUUGUUCAAAACACCAUACAUCAAGCUGUAAUCCCAUUCAUACACUUGUUUUAAGUAUUUUAGUAUUCUUUUAUACCCAUUUAAUUCUUAAGUGGCAAGGUUAUUUACGACAUUCUAUAAACAUGUUCAUUUUCAUGAUUUGGAUCAUCUUUGUUUUCAUAUUUCGUAAUACGCUUUAGCUCAUUAUGUACAAAUACAUUUUUAUAUAUUUUUAUUAUGGUAUAUUGUUGAAGUAUAAAUUACUAAUAAAAUGUAAAAGGUA